AUGAAAACUGUCGUAAAACCAAUCACUUAUGAAGGAAAAAGUAAGCUUACUGAACCCAUUCACAACAGAACCGAUAAAUACUAUCCUAACUCGCCUAGGGACUCGCCAGAAGCGAGACUAUUCCAAUUAAACGCAAACACACAUGUUAGACGAAAAGUGGAUCCGUUGUUUACUAAAAAAAAGCCACUUCACACCGCCAUUUCGAUUAAUUUAUCGCCUUCCCCGUGUGAAUCCGAGCACCGGAAUAGUCAUCCCCUUCAUACAUUUGAAGCCCUCCAUGUGGUACCCUCCGCUCAAGGGGAUGGCGGGGGUGUUGGCGUCCUUCGGACUCCCUCAAGGCCACGUAACGGGAACCCUGAGUCUAUCCUACAGAGAAAACACACGGAGAAACCCUCUCAAAAGUACGUGGAGAAAACCCCGGAUCGGCAUCACACGGCGCCCAAUCGGCCUCAUCCCUCGGUGCAUGAAUACCGCAAGGCGAUUUUAAAACUCCCCCACACGCGAACGGCGGAGUUGAAACCACCACCGCCCUCCUUGCACGUCCAAAAGGAGGCGAUUCAUACGAUCUAUCCGACGCCUUUCACGCCGGAAAAAAAGGACGAUCGGCCCCACCACUUCCGCCGUGGAACGCCCUCAACGAGGCAAAAUAACGUGGAGGAGGUGCUUCGUGCGCAUCCAGGCGAAGAAGGGGCCAUGAAGAGGAGGUCCCCCGGCGAUGUAGCGGCUCUUGAGGAGCGAUCCCCUCCCCUCCCUCCCUCCGCCGCUGCGAAACCGACGGAAAAGAUCCACGUUGAGUUUCCUUCUCAGCGAUCCGUUACCACUCAGUCGAUUGGAAGCCUUCCCUUGGGGGUGGCGAGGCUUCAGCAGCGAGCGCCGCGCUCUGUGAUCCUCUGUGUUGAUCCCCACAUCAAGAAGACGCCCCAGAGGCCAAUCCCUCCACAAGAGAAGAAACCAAACGAAAAUGACCACACUAACGAAGAAAGGGUGGAAGAAAACAAUACCACGGGUGCCAAGCAAAAAGGCACGUCUUCUCGGAGCGAAUCCCCUUCUUCGGAAGGGAUACUGGGAGGUUUGAAGCAGCGGAAGGCUGUGAAAGGCGUUAUAAAUAAGGAAGAGAGAUUGAAUGAACUCUUAACGUCUUGGACGCGGGAGAAAGUGCGCCAUUCGUGGAUGCGGGAGUCCUUUCAGGAGAUUUGUGGGAUGCCGCUUUCUCCUGAAAAGGACUUUCAAAGAGAGGGAGGCGGAGGCCUCAUAACGAGUGGGAGGGAGUCACCUACGGCCCCCCACUCUCUUCCCCUGCCGCCACCCCGGGAAACCCCUCAUUCGCCGCGAUCCCCUGCUGUGUGGUUAGCGAAUGGUGGUUUGGUUGGGGAAUCGUGUGAAUUCCUCCCCCCUGCCGUCAUCGGGGAGAAUCUUGUGGGUUUUAUAUUUCGGGCCUCCUGCUCUGGCGCCGUGGGAAUGAAGGAAACCCUGAACAGGGCAGAAAUAGAGCUAAAGUCGGGCUUUCUUAAUGUUUACUUCGAAACCUGCUUACAAUGCCACAUGGAAUUGCUUCAGCGUGCAUGGUUGAACGUAUCUUAUAUCCAAAUGGUAGCCUUUAGGGCAAUCGAGUACCUUGAAGAACACAGUCGCUACCUGAUCGGCAGUGCUUAUGAGCUCUUUCUGCUCGACGCUAGGAGUCUGUUUUUGCGAUCGAAGCCUCGACGGCGUCCUCAAAGCGACGCUAUACCUCGUCUUUCGGCAACUUUCCAGAUCAACGCAAAGCCUAAAACCAAUACGACGUUUCAACGCAUCGCCAAGUGGUUCUCGAGUCGACCUAAACAAAGGGCGCACUCAACGAAUGCACCGAAAGCUUCCUUUCCUUCUGUUACAGCAAAGCGUCUGACCUCUACCGAGGUUGUCUUUACGAGGCGGAGGGCCUCAUCUGCCUCAAAGACGAAUUCUGAACAGAUCCGAUGUUCUUUUUCUAAAGGUAAAGACAGAUUUCCGAAACCUAUCUUCAACUCGGUUAAUGAGUUCACUGAAAUCGUACCACCGCCCAUUUCAAAGGUGUUGACAAUAGAAAAAUGUUUAGUUAAGGUUUCAAGUAUUAGUAACCUCCCAGGUGUCCAAAUUGCUAAUCCUCACAAGGGUAAGUUUGAAGUUGAAGAGUUCGUGCCCAUAAACUGA